AUGAUUGGGUACCCUAGGAAAGUCAUCAGUGGCGCCAGACGUCUUUCCCCUUUGUACCAGUAUAUUCGCAUCAAGUUUGAACGAACUUUCCUUUUAGAAGUUGAUAUCACAAUGCGUUUUGAGUGCCGUCUUUCUGCACGGAUUCCAGUGCCUUAUUCUAUGGACCUAACUUUAACGAGAGUACAUAAUGCAUGCUACAUCAUAAUGGUGCAUUUGAACGCAAAAGAGCCUGAGGAGUAUUUGAAUCGUGUGGCAUUCUUCAAUAUUGUCUGGAUCUUGGUCGCAAGUAUUGCAUACAAGUACUCACAUACAUUUGCAGAUAAGAUGGUAUUGGUAUUGGUAUUUGAUUCAAGAAUAGAGCUGAGUCAAAUAUAUAAGAUUUGUAUAUUUAGUUUUUUGUAUUCACAUCAAGUAUUCGUGUUCCUUUUGGUAAUAUUGGCACUGUUGUUAUGUUUUCUCUUUUGGUUUGCUCAAGGAACAAAUGCACUCCUGACACUCAAGGCACAAUUAUAG